UUUCCAGUGUAGAUCUCGCAUCUCAGCGCGCAGCUUUUCUGAGCCUGUGGACGCAUCUGAGUUCAUGUGUGCAGCGCUGUGUCGGUGACCCAUCAAUUCAGCUGCUUUGUGGGGUUACUCAGAUAUACAAGAUGAGAGGAUACCUAUUUGGAAUACUUGUACUUUUAAAAUAUUGCAUCUGCCAAGAUGCGCACGACUUUGAUGGAGACGUCAAGGACUUUGUGGUUGGAAACCGUAAGUUGUACGUUCUUACCGACCGUCGACUUCAUCAGAUGAGACACGAUCUGUUUGUGGAGAAGAGUAAAGACAUCACUAAUGCCACACACCCCAAUACAGUGACCAUUCUGGUGCCCUUUGACGCGAACGGUACUUUGAUUACGUGUGGAACAUCUAACAGCGAAUAUUGUGAAGUUCUUGAUAUAAAUAUCACAAACCGUAUUUACUGGGAAGGUGUAUCGGUUGGUCCUCAGCGGAAUGAGACAUCUGUAGCAUUCAUAGUUGAUAUUAAUCCUCAGGUUAACCCGAUGGGAACUUACCUUUUGAUUGCGAGAAAGAAAAGAAAUUCUAUUGCUACCUUGAGGGACACUUUGAACUCUGGCAAAGGUGGCAUUUUCUCCCAAAUAGAUGAAUUAUCAGACUCCUUCAUUAAGACCACCAGAACGCAUGUUGAGUUUGUUGACGGCUUCCAGGUAUCUUCGCGCAAUCUCUCGUACUUGUUUCUCAACACAGAGACUGAGACCGAGAGGAAAGUUCAUGUGUUGAGGCUGAAAAACUCUAUAGGAAGAAAAACAGAUAUUUUCAAGGACCUCAAAGGUGCAACUAUUGAAUGCUGUGAUGAUAAAGUUCGUCCAGUUCUUCUCGCCUCCACCAUUAUUCCUUCAGGCAAGUCCGUUAUCUGGGCAGGUGUCUUCAGUGCGCAAAAUGAACGUGAUCCAGAGAACACAGCGCUGGCUUUAUACGACAUCAGUCAUGUUGAAGGAAAAGUGAAGGGUUUCUGCCACAACAGUGAGAUGUGUCUUUAUGAGAGUGGUGUUAAACUUCAGCCGCGUGCUGUGGUUUUCAAGUACAGCUGGAUGACAUCAGUAGCAGCAGUUAGAUCUGAAUCCUGGAUUGUGCUGUUUAUAGGAACCAAAGAUGGCCAGCUGAUAAAGCUUGUGUUGGGUGAGACAUUCAAAGCAAGCUGUCCAAUGGUGCUAUACAAAUCUGAUGAUGAACGAUCAGUGUUUCCCAGAAUGCACUUUGAUCCAGUAGAUUCCAAACAUGUCUACAUAGCUUUGAAGAAUCAGAUCAGAAGAGUGUCUGUGGCUCAGUGUGUUAAAUACAACACUCUCAAAGACUGCAGAGCUUCUCUGGAUCCUCUCUGUGGCUGGUGUGUGAACUCACACAGAUGUUCUACCAAAGAUGAAUGCUCAGAAUUUUCAUGGGUGUCCAUCCCAAAUGACUCUUUUCAGAGACAACUACUUUAUUUUCAGGUGGCAGAGAAAUCUUCUAGAAAUAUUUCUCUACAUCUUGCCUUGAGUCUGAAAAGCACUGGAAGUCUCAUCUUCUCAUGUGCCUUCACCGCAGGAAGUGUGAAUGUGUGUGACAGGUCUGAUCCCGCUGCAGUUUUCCCAAACUGUUCUUGUAGCUUUUCUGACCAGCUGCUGUCUACCAGAGGUUUAACAGUCUCAGCAGCAGUAACUAUUGGAGAUCAGAAGAUCACAGAGAUGUUGACGCUGAGGAACUGCUCCAGUAUCACAGAAAAUUCAUCAAAUGUUUCUUAUACACAGUGUGUGCAGUGCAUCUCAGCUGGGUGUCACUGGUCCUCUUCUAUCCAGCAAUGUGACUGGACACAUGAACCUGGACCACAGUUACAAGUACAGGAUGCAUGUAAAGAUUUACACUCUGGGAUGGACUAUAAAGAGCCAGAGAUUAUCUCUCUAGAACCCAACAAGGUUUCUUUUCAUGGCAGAAACAGAGUUUUACUAAGAGGAAGUAACCUGGAAUCUGUCACCAAAAUCCAUAUUCAAGGGGAUCUGGAAUGCAUUCCAAAAGAGGCUCCAGUGUUUGAACGCUCCAGUGACACUCUAAGGUUCAACGUUCCUCCUAGUGAAACUAAAGAAACAGUGAAAGUGUGUGCUGUAACUCCUGAUGGCCGUUGUCAUGGUAACAGCAUCAUCACUUAUAGUUCCCAGCCCAGCUGCACAGGAAUACAGCCCAAAGUCACCUGGAACAGUGGUGGAAGGAAGAUUCAUGUGCAGGGGACAAAUAUGGAAUUGGUGGAAUCAAUUAUUCUCCAUCCCUCCAGGAAAGAGCUUAAAAUACAACAUGACACAAGCUCAGGGGAUGUGUGGUUUCUCUCCCACCAUAAUGACAGCAGUGCUGUGUUUAGAUUAUCUUUGAAAUUUGAGAACUAUGCUGUUGAAUGUGUUGAUAAUUUCUCCUACCUGCCUGAUCCAGAGAUCACUGGAUUCACCACCUUACAGGUGUCCGAUGAUCUACUGGUGGUAAUUCAGAAAAAGGCAGAUGAGUUGAAUUUGAGUAAGAGUGAGGUGAAUGUGAUAGGUCAACAGGGAGAUCAGGAACAUGAGUGUGUUCUGGAAAGGAUUGAGUCCAGUACCAUUCUCUGUAAGAUGAAACAAGUAUCAGGAGCCAUCAUCACACUGGACUCACUCACUAAGAAAGAAAGUCAUAUAUGGGUUUGGUGCAACUGAGGAUCAUGCCUGGAGAGACAAUUCAUCAGACAAUGACAAAAAAAAAAAAGGUAUGGAAAUUGCUAUCACUAUGACAACAAGAAGAGCCACAUUCCAGAGUUCCGGGCUUCUGGAGGGAUCAAUAGCACAUUAUCCAUUCAUUCUAAUGUUCUAGGAAGCCUGAAGCGCUUUGCAUUAGGUAAUAGCCACUUCUACAUCACUCAGAUGCCUCCCAAACCAAAAGGGGAGAAACAGGAGUGAGUUACACGACACAGUUUUAUACAUUUACUUUCAUUGUAUAUUGUUUAUAUAUAUAUAUAUAAUUUUUGUUUUUGUUUUUUGUGGAGCACAAAAAUAAAUGUUAUUUUUUUCCAUACAAUGAAAGUAAAUGAUGACUGAGACUGAACACUCAGCUUCUGGGAGAUCCUUUUGUAUAACAUGGAAUAAAGAAUGUCAAAUGGGUUUGGAACGACAUGAGAGUGACUGAAUGAUUACAGAAUUUUCAUUUUUGGGUGAAUAGGACUGAUCCCUUGUGUCAGGUCAGCAAAAGAAAUGAAUCAGCUAGAAAGCACUUCAAGGAACUCUAGCAUAAUUCAAAGAAACGCAUAUCACACACAUAAAUGCUCGCUCCCCUCAAUCAUUGGAGGAUGCAGUCCUGAACUCUCAGAAAUUAACCCUGCUGAGGCUUGUGAGAAAAGGACAUCUGCUUCCAAUAAGCUUGGUUAAUACUCAUUAUCUCUGCAUUCAGGGAUUUCUCAGAAUCCUCAUCUGACCCUUCCUUCACAGAUCUGACUCUCAGACAGAACGCCCCAGGCUGUCACCCUGUCGCUGCAGAGACUGAAUGAGAUUUAUGUGCCGGAAUGAACAGAAAUAUGGAAAUAUUUAUGAAAUAGAAAAUGAUUAUGUAAUGUGUGUAAAUAUCUUUUAUGAGUCUAUAAAUACCAAACACCACAACUGAUAGCAAGGGAAGAGUUGUUCUGUCUUUGCAUUUGGAGGAUUGUGUGUGUGUGUGUGUGUGUGUGUGUAUUAUUAUUAUUAUUAUUAUUAUUAUUAUUAUUAUUAUUCACACACAUGCACGUUUACUUACCUAUCUAAAUGAAGGCAUACUAUAUUACUUAAUUAGUUUAAGUCAAUCUAAUGACAAUUACUAUAACCUUAAAAGAAUGUUUUUUGUUUUUUGUUUUUUUUUUUGCAAAUCAUUAUUUUUUUCCACUGAGAAAUUGUAUAUAUGGCAUAUAAACUUGCAGUGGAAAUGGAAAUAUGUGCCCACAUAUAUGAACUAUAAUUUUAUAUUAUAUACAGUAUGUUGAUAUAUGUCUAUAUAUUUUUGUUUGGGAUGAUAAUAUACAUAUUU